CAGGAAGAGCGCGGCCAGAGGCGGUGCGGGCGCGCGGCGACAGGGGCCGGGCCGAGACGAGCGCCGCGCGGGCCACCAUGGCCACGGACGAGCUGGCCAGCAAGCUGAGCCGGAGGCUGCAGAUGGAAGGCGAGGGCGGCGGCGAGGCCCCGGAGCAGCCCGGCCUGAACGGGGCGGCGGCGGCGGCGGCGUCCGGGGCGCAGGACGAGGCGGCCGACGCGCUGGGCAGCGCGGACGACGAGCUGAGCGCCAAGCUGCUGCGGCGCGCCGACCUCAACCAGGGCAUCGGGGAGCCCCAGUCGCCCAGCCGCCGCGUCUUCAACCCCUACACCGAGUUCAAGGAGUUCUCCAGGAAGCAAAUCAAGGACAUGGAGAAGAUGUUCAAGCAGUACGACGCCGGCCGGGACGGCUUCAUCGACCUGAUGGAACUGAAGCUCAUGAUGGAGAAACUCGGGGCCCCGCAGACCCACCUGGGCCUGAAAAACAUGAUCAAGGAGGUGGACGAGGACUUCGACAGCAAGCUCAGCUUCCGGGAGUUCCUGCUGAUCUUCCGCAAGGCGGCCGCCGGGGAGCUGCAGGAGGACAGCGGGCUGCACGUGCUGGCCCGGCUCUCCGAGAUCGACGUCUCCACCGAGGGCGUCAAGGGGGCCAAGAGCUUCUUCGAAGCCAAGGUCCAGGCCAUCAACGUGUCCAGCCGCUUCGAGGAGGAGAUCAAGGCGGAGCAGGAGGAGAGGAAGAAGCAGGCGGAGGAAAUGAAGCAGCGGAAAGCGGCCUUCAAGGAGCUGCAGUCCACCUUCAAGUAGCGAGGGGCUGCGGCCCAACCGCCUGGCCCGGGGCCCGGAGCCCAGUCGGGCUGGCGAGGGCCGGCGAGGGCGGGCAAGGGCGGGCAAACCGAGGCCCGGCCUGAAUCCUCGGCUCUGUCUGAAGGGACCACACUGAAAACCUACCAAUGUCUGUGAUCACAGCCAGUCGAGGGUUCUCACAGAGGUGGCCUGGCCUCUCCCCGCCCCCUGCCACACUGUUCCUGAGGCCGUGACCCCAGCGCCGGCUCCCUGCCUGGCCCAGAGCUCCCUGGCGUCCCUGCGUCUCGCACCCCUGGCUGUCCCCUGCCUGCUCCAGCUCUGCGCUCUGCCCAUGAGCCUGCCCUCCACACAUCCCCCUCUCUUCCUCACACCUCCUCCUGUCACCUCCUCCCCUACCCAGAGGCCACCUGCCCCUAACCAGCAGGCUGCCCUGCCCCUGGGGCCCUCAGCCCCUGCCUAGGCUGGGGGAGCAACAGACAGCGGCUGGCUCCGUAGAGUGGGACCCAGGGAUCUGAUCAGAGGCACCAGGGCACCCCACCCCCGCACCUGUUCCUCCAGCCCCGCCUCCUCCCUGCUGGAGUCAAGAGGGGCCAGGGGAAGGCUUCUAUUUUUGGGAAGGGGCCUGGGCCCUGGCACCCCACACAAGCCCAGCGCUCUGGGGCCCGGCCAGGCAGGGUGAGGGGACAGCUGUGUCAAUCUACCUCACGGGCCCGCACUUCCCCGGCCAUGCCUCAGGUCGUGGUCAGGGGAGGCUCUGGGGGCAGACACACACCGCUCCCUGGUGCCCCAGGGACAGCCUGAGGGUCCCAGGGGCCCUACAGAGAGCAGCAUGGGGAGGAGGGCUUGGCCCCUCCCUAGGGAUGGAAACCGGUGCCGACUCCAUGUUCCAGGAGGCACCCAAGAAGUGCUUUAAGAAGCUUGCACAGACCAGGCAGUGGGGAGCCGGGGAACCUCCCUCCACCCUUCCAUGCCAUCCUUCCCCAGAGUGACAUUCAUCGCCUCGUCACCAGCGACAGGACCUGUCCUGUCACACCCACCCCCUCCCCCGAAAAAGCAUGGGGACCCCAGCCCUCCCUGUGCCACCGCCGGGUCCUACGCAGCUCCCAUGUGCUUGCUCACGUGUGUGCGUGUCUGUGUGUCUGUUGCCGUGUCGUGAAACUGUGCCCGUUCCCCAGUCCCAACAGUGGCCGCCGAGGCCGCAGUUAUGCAACUUUCAGUGUGUCCUGACAGCGUCGCCGCUUUCUAAACUUGAUAACUCUUUAUUUUAGUAAGACGCCCCCCCCCCCCCGCCCCGAGUCCACGACACGCCCGUUGGACCCGCAGAGGUUUUAUUUUUCUGGCCUUAGAACCCGCGGAGAUUUGGGAGGAGGCGCCGCCCCCGUGCCGCAGCCCGGCCCCGGAUUGCGUCUGCCUUAGCCGUGUGUUUAUACAGAUGAAUAUAAAGAGUUCUUUUUCUUUUGG